AUGGAGACGUCGUCCAACUCGCACCGCCGCCGCAGCAAAAAGGACCCGGACCGCGAGCGCAGCACCCACCGCUCCAAGGACAAGGAUAGGGACCGCGAGCGCCAUAAGAGCACCCGCUCCCGCAAAACCCGCUCGUCGGCCUCCAAGGAAGACGACGCUGAGAACCCGCCGCUGCCCAGGCGCCCGUCGACGGAACGCGUGCGCAACUCGACAUCCACCUCGACCUUGUCGUCGUCGCAAACGUCCAAGUCGCACAAGAUGGCCGUCGUGCCCGAGAUGGGACGCCGCGGCUCGUUGGGCUCCGACAACACAUCGCGCAUCAGCUUACCCUACCCGUCGCACUCCAAAACAUACGCCAAAGAGAGCAUCUAUUCCCGCGACGGUGUAGAGAAGAGGAAGUCGACCUCGACGCCAGAGGCCACAGAUGGCGAGGCCUCGCCAGGCAGGGACGGCGAGCGGCCAGUCGCACCGCAUCCACCAAACCGCGCACCACCCCCGCCCCCACCGCGGGCACCACCGAGUCCUCCGCUCACUGCGACCACAGGCGCAGAUCUUAGGAAGACGGCCAGUGCCAACAGCAUGCGAAGGAAGGACCCCGACAUGAUCGCGAGAGAGAUGGAGGAGGGCCGCCAAAGCGUAGACAGCGGCACGCGCAUGACUUCGACGGCAGGCCCGCGGAUCGCGUCGCGCUCAAGUGUCAGAGACGAGGAUACAUUCGACGGCACAGACCUCACUUCUACCACUGGAUCGCAGCCUAGCACCAUCCGUGCCAAGUCUCCACAAUUGGAGACGAGAACGAGGACCGUGAGUCCAUCCAGCGCUCGGCCCCCAGGUAGGACAUCGACCCCGGGCAGAACGUCGACACCAAGCAGGACGUCAACACCUGUCAAGAUGAAGACAAGAGCGCCCUCAGAAUACACACUCGACUCAGACGCCACUUCAGUCGUACAAGAUCGCAACUCUUACCGCCGCAGCCAAUCACCCCCGCGUUCCGAUGUCUCGCCUUCUUCUGUGGUCGAUUCAUCACCACGUACACCUACCCAGCACUCCGUUCUUCCCUCUGUUGUAUCUUCUGUCAAGGAUGGGCCGCCCAUGAUCGAGGUUAUGACAGACCCCAUGUCGCGCACACAAUCGGUAGAUCCUAGCUAUGCUCAGUCCCCAAUGACCCCACCACCCCCGCCUCCUCCUCCUGCCAUGAUGGAAGCUCCUCGCGUCGACUACCUGCUCCAGAAUGGCGGUCUGGCCAAAGCUAUCCCGCGAAGUCUACUAGCGGCUAUUGAUGGAGUUCCAGCCUCUGCCUAUUCUCAGUACACCACACCAAGGCUAUCUGGAGCACAAGCCCACGAUGUCCGAUCUUUCUUCAAGCCUCUGCAGAAUGUACUCAACAGCUACAACACCGUCAUGGACACCAGUGGAUCUUUGGCGGUAGCCACUGGUUAUCGUUCGGUUGCGCGGCGUCUUCUCGAUCGUCUCGAGAACGUCUUUGCUCGCAACAUAUCUUCGGAGCAUUGCCAGUGCAUGAUGUGCUUCGAGCAGUCAGUUGUGGAAGAUUCUGCAGGUGUCAACUGGGGAGAAAUCUUAGAACUAGUGUCCGGACGUUGCGAAUUGCCGACUUGGCCACCCUAUGAGCAAGGUGCCGAGCCUGGACUGGGCAUAUCGUCUGAUCUUGAAGCACCAUGCCAGCGUAUUGACGUUGAUGUACCUGAGCAAUACCGCGAGCACUACGAGAAGCAGUCGAAGAAGACCAAAGUUGCCGUGCAGUCUUGGCUAUCAGACCAACAAGACGGUGUCCCCGAAGACGCUGACGACGAAACGUUGACUUUUAUCAUGCUCACCCGAUUGGAACAGCCACAACGACCACUCUUCUAUGCACUCUUAUGGGGAUUGGACAAGCUCCCAAAUCCUCGCACACAAAAGCCGGACAGUGGGACGCCGCCGUACUUGGCAAAAGCCGGUUUGGCGCUACAGCGUCUAUAUCGACUCUACACUCCACCGCGCGACCAGCUGGUAGUCAUGUAUCUCAUCCGCCAUCCAGACAUGCACAACAUGCUUGCUACGUUGGCAGCUGUGACCAAACACGAAUGGGAGAUUCUUGUCUCUGGACGCUUCGACGGCUUCCUUUGGUCAGGCGUCGAUGACCUACCUGAUAUGAACACAACACCUCCCCGAUCAGGCUCAAGAGCAGGACAGGUCCGACCCGGCGAUGGACCACAACGAUUUGCAUCACCAGUACCACCGAACCGGUACGGCAGCUUCAGCCCAAGUCCGUACUCUCGACCGGGAUCUGCCCGCCCUGGGUCUGUCCGUCCGCCCGGCGGAGCCCCUGUGCAGAUCGAUGAAGAGACCGAGAUUGCCGUGCUUGCCGAAAUCGAGCGCGAGAUCUAUCUUGGUAUGGAGGCUAUGGAGGACGCAUUUGAACAGCUCCACAACCAAGCCGAGACUGUGCGCCGUCGUCUGCGAGAGCGAGCUGCAGGUUUGUCUAUGGUGGCGCAGCAGCGUAGAGGUGCUGGCAUGGGUGGCAUUGAAGUCAGGUCUGAUACGCCAGCCAACAUGCGCGACCCUGACGAAGGAAUCGAUGAUCUGAGGAGCGAGGUCGGACCAGAUGACUCGGCCAGCAACGUCAGCAACAACCGGAGAAGGAAAGCACACCGUGCACGCGAACGGAGAACACCAGCACCUGUGGAAGAAGAGAGCGAGGAGGAUGUAGCGCUUGCAGAGAGGAUACGCAGACGUUUCUAA